AUGUGUCCCUGCCUUGGCAUAUACACUCUUUUUAUAGUGACUAUUACCCUGAGUCCUGUGACGGCUGCAGCAUGGAGUGAAAACAAAGUCCCUGGAGAAGAUGAAUAUCCCCCUCUGUGGGACCUUGCCCCUGAAAACCUGCUGGAUUUCCCAGUAAAGGACAACAAAAUUGUCAUCAAUGCUUGGAACUAUCAAGAAAGACUGGGAGUGUAUAAGAGCUUGCUAAAUUCUUCAGCCGAAUAUUUUAGUGCCUUUGGACUCCAAAACAUUGGCAACAUUCUCUGGGGAUUACCACUGCAGCAUGGGUGGCAAUUUCGUACAGGUAGGUUAGCAGAUCCUUCUGGUGCAACUUCCUGUGGCUAUGAAGAUGGAGACCUCCUGUGCCUAUCUGUAAGAAGCUGGUGGUCCUGUAUGAAUUACUACCUGGCUGUCAUACCCUUUCUGGGGGCAGUGGAGGCUGGCCUCUUUGGGCAGCUGCCGUUCAAGGUAGAAAUACUGCCACCAGAGGAGCGAAAAGAUGAUUUCUGUUACAGUGUUGCAGACUGCCGGUCUCGCAUGCCCAAGCUCAUGGAUGAGUGGAAGGCCUUUUUUGAAUAUCUGCUAUCUACAGAACACAAAGCUGUGAGCCCUGCAACCUUCUCCUCCUUCAAACUGGAUGAUGCCCUUGGUCUUAUGUGGAAGGCACAUGUUACCUCCAUUGCUUAUGCACUCCCUAAGUUCCAGGACAGCUUAAAAUAUCUCUCUGAUCCAGAAGCAAAUUUUGGUGAAGACUGGUCUAAUGCUGUAGAUUUCAUUGGGGCCACACACUUCCUUACAGAUUUACCAACCACAAACAAGUUCCAGGCUUUCCUGCCCUCAAGGAUGCUUGUUGAAGGGGAUAUUCCCCCAUCCAUUAGUGACUUCAGUCCACAGCAAAAUAAAGUUCUGCUUUCAAUGAGAGCUCUUCAUAAAGCAAAUAAAUUAACAGGAGGACUGCUGCUGAAGCUCUGGCAAAAGGCUAUGACUAAUGAAGCAGGAAGAAAAAUGGGCCGAGAACUGCUUGAAAGCUUGACUUUGAGCCAACAGCUUGACCUAGUGGGAAUUUAGAAUGAUUUGGAAGGAGAUGAUUUGACAGUGCCCAGUUUCUUGAGAAAGAGCAGUUCCAACAUUGUUUGAUUUUAUCUUUUAGCAGACGUGUCUGGUAAUCUGGCUUUGGUAAUUUCUUACAGCAGGAUUUCCUGAGAAACCAUGUGUGCAUCUCUCUCAUAUUGAAUCAAUAUUUUUAUC